CUGAAGGACGCCUACCAUCGCGCGCUCCUCACGCACCAUCCCGACAAGGCCCACGGUCCCGGGAGUCAGCAGAUCGCGGUCUCCGUAAUUAAGGAAGCCUACGAGACGCUCUCAUCCCCGACCAGGCGGGAGCGCUACGAUCGGUCCCUAGCGAGGAAGAAGAGUCAACAUGGUGGACCUCGACCCGCGCAGGUCAUCUCGCUAGAGGAGUUCGACGCGAUCGGGGAGGAUGUCCAAGACAUCGUCUGGACGUACGCCUGCCGGUGCGGAGGCGCCUACCGGAUCUCGGAGACGGAAAUGGAAGCGGGGAAGCACCUGAUAGCAUGCGAUGAUUGCUCAGAAGUGGUCUGGGUGGGCUAUGAGCUUGCGGAUGUGGAUGAAGGGCAGGAGAAGGAGCAAUGA